AUGAUACUUAUCUGGGUGAUACCCGGACUGUCGUUACCCAUCUCCACACCAUCAGAAGGAAAGGCCGUUAGCCCUGUUGUCAUCACUCCAAUCAACAAUGUGACUGGGACCAUCAUAGAAGCCACCGAUAGGAUAGCAGUCAAAUCUGCGGAGUGGACACUCAUCACAUUCUUUGACCUCAGUCAAUUGGCACGAGAAAUCGAGACAGUCAAAAGGGGUAUCCAAUCUAUAAAACAAUGGUGCCCAACGGCAUACGAGGUUUGUCCCACGAUCAUAAAAACGUUGCAGCAGGAAGUGGCGGAAAUCCAAGAUGCCGAUCAGUUAAUGCAUCAUCAACGACAAAAACGCGGAGCACUGAACAUCGUAGGAAAUAUCGCGAAUGGACUGUUCGGAGUACUCGAUGAUCAAUAUGCCAAACGGAUGGAAGAUAUUAUUGGCAAACUACGAGCCCAAGAAGGCAUCACGCAAAAAAUAGUGGAGAACCAGACUUCAAUUCUGGAUACCACCAUCAACAUUAUGAGGAGGACGACGAUCGAAACUCAGAAGAGGAUGCAGGGGUUAGAAGCCAGUCUGGCCAGAAUCAAGGUGAGAAGCCAUGCGGCUGAUCGGUAUCUUCCGCAUGCAGUCUCAGAAUUGGUCGUGGCAAGCCACAUUCGGCGAGUCCAGGAUGCUGUUUUGAAUGUGUUAAUCGGGGCACACGAAGGAAAAUUAAGCCCUGCAUUGGUGUCAGUGGAACAAGUAAAACAGGUGAUCACAAAAAUACAAACACACCUGCCACCGGGAAGACGAUUACCCAUCACCAGUGAAACAGCACGAGACCUAUAUCGACUGGCGACCACUAGGGUUCAAGAAACCGAGGACUUAUUGAUGUUCCAUACAAGCGUUCCGUUAGUCGAAGAAGACGAAUUCACAGUGUAUCGGAUGGAGCCAGUUCCACAAAUAAAGAGAGUAGGCCUGGUGAUAACCAAGACGGAAACAGGAUAUCUAGCAAUAGAUGAUCAUCGAAAACACCACUUCGCGAUCAAUCAAGAUCACCUUAGGCAGUGUAUCAGCAUAACGAACGGAAAUACGGUAUGCGAGUUUAAGCAGACGCUCUUUGGCCCGGACGCCUAUCAACUCCCGUGUACAAUGGCAGCAUUAGCAAGACAUCGGGCAAGGGAAUGUAAGCCAGAGCCAAUCAAGGGGACCAGUUAUUGGCUUCAAUUGACAGAGCAGAAUGCAUGGAUCUUUGGGACCACAAAACCAAUAACAAUGACAUAUGUCUGCUCGGCCGAAAAGGAUCAAAUCAUCAUCGAUGGCGUAGGAAAAAUGACAAUCAGGCAAGAUUGUGUGAUCCAAAGCCCGACCAUCACAUUAUUGGGACGGGCGCAAGUUAACUCAUCAGGAACAGUAAAGAUGUCAAUAAGCAACUAUAAUGGAGUCAACGUUGGAUAA